UUUACUCUCCAGCUCAAGUCGGUUAUACGUCGCACAAAAGAGACCUCCAACGUGCACCCGAUGUACAAGGAUGGAGUAGUGCGACGUAAAAUGGGACCUGUUAUUGUGAAUAAGAGUAAUUCACAAGAUCGGCUCAUUGAAGAGCUACAGGGAAAACUAGGAAUUGGCCAUGCAAAACGCCGGCGUAAACAACAGCCAGAUGACUGGCUGACUGAAGGCGUCAUCGUGAUGUCAAAACCACAGCGAAUACGUGAAGAAACGGCCCUGCCACCUCUGGAUAAGAUCAUCAUCCCUCCUGAGUCUCCUGUCCCCCAGAGAAAAGUCCUCCCCCCUCUGAAGUCCCCUCCAGCCCCCAAAAAGUUACCCCCAGUAAAACAGACACCGCCACCACUACCACUACCGCCGCCCCCUCCUACCCCUCCCCCACCGCAGGGACCUACCCCACCGCCCCCAAAAGAUCUUACUCCUCCUCCAAGGGAGCCCUUGUCUCCCCCUGUGCAGCCCCCUCCAUCACCAAGCCCCCCACCCAAGCCCAUCACACCACCUCCAUCCCCCAAGGUCUUUCUAUCAGUGUCCUGUCAGACAGAGUAUGACGCCCUCUUCCCACCUAUGCAGGCAUGGACCAUCACUCUUAACCUCUUUCCCUAUAUCUUAUCCUAAAAUUAUAUCAAUUUGGUGAACUUUAAAACUACUGGUGCCAUCUCGAAUGUGCUUGACCAUUGCAACUUGCAACUGCAGUUUAUACUGUCUGGAUUUAAGGCAGCUGCAGGGUUGUAUAGUCCUUAGGUCUGUUUUUGGUAGCAAGCUGGAAACGGAUAACCUCGGAGCGUCGCCUGAAACCCAGUCCAGGUUAUGAGUGGCACUGGCACCCAGGCUAGAGAUACUGAGCCGCUUUUUCUAAUUCUGACAUAUGACAGUGGCUACAGUUGUGUGUUCUGAGUGGAGUUUAAGCGCUUAGAGGCAAGUUCAGUGUUACCCCUCCUGGCCAUAUGCAGGAAUGGUUGGCUUGCGGUGCAACUGAAACCUCAUCUGCCAUACGACAGCACAUUUAUCACUACACUUAUAGCCUUUCCCACUGGAGAAUAAUUAACUGUUGCCAUAUCUCAAAGACCAGUAUACCAGUGUAUAAUCACCAUGAAUAGGGUGCUUUUUUUCUUCUUCUUUUCAGUCAAGAAAAGCCGAACACUAACCCACACACUAUAUCUUUUAUCACUGUUACAUUGCAAAUCCGAAAGGUAGGCACUGUAUAUCCAGAGGUUGUAAUAGGAUAGCUAAUG